GUCCAAAAGAGAUAGUCACCUCCGCGCACAGUUAGUAUGUUGGUAGUUAUUCAACGUGGGCGGUGGCGAGGGACAGGAUUAAUAGGUGGCGUACUACGGUUUCAGCAUUUUUAAAGUAUGGAAUGUUUUUGUCCAAAAACGUCAGAUAAGUAUAGCGAUAAAGAUAUUGACAACAAAAACGAUGAUAAGAAGGACGAUAAAGAAGACGAUGACUUUGAGGACACCGACACCAACGCCAUGGAUGACUACGAUCCCCACAAUCCUAGCGACAAGCACUACAGCCAGGAUGCUCUUGGUUCAAGCCUGAAGUAUUACACUAAAAUAUUCCUGCCACCGAGGUCAGAUCUACACCGACCACAACGUCCAGUAGUUCCUGGCAGUAAAAUGUGGACAGAUCCAGAUUUUCCCCGACCAAUGAAAAUUAAAGUGAAUAAAAAGAUGUGUUUGCUGGAGUGGAAGAGGCCACACAAAAUAUUCAGAAACCCUGUACUCUUCCACGAAGAAACUGAAAGGGGCGACAUUAAUCAACGCAGCUUUGGAACAUGUUGGUUUUUGGCGAUGGUUGCAAAUGUAGCCGACAAUCCAGUUCUUCGAAGAAAGGUGAUCAACGAAAUGUCGUACACUCCAAGAACGGACGGAAUCUUCCACUGCAGAAUGUGGCGGUUUGGGGAGUGGGUGGACGUUUACACGGAUGAUCUGUUGCCGGUCAGGAGGAAAUCAGUGUUCCUGUUUGGGGCUGCCGCUCCGUCACUCUCCGGAGAGUUGUGGGUCUCUCUGCUAGAAAAGGCCCUUGCAAGGCUCCAUGGGUCGUACAGCGUUGUUGAAGGGGGUUGGCCAAGCGACGCCUACCUGUCGCUGACCGGGGGUGUAGCAGAGACCAUAGACUUUGCUAACUACAGCGAUCAUCCCCACCAUCUUUUCCGGCGAAUAGCAAAUGCGCUGGGCAGUGGCGGCAUGGUGACCUGCUGUAAUCUCGCAGACGAAGAUAACAUGGGGCUGCUUGGAGCGCAUGCUUACUCCCUGACCGGCGCUAAAGUGGUCAUGCGACAUGACGGAGAAGAGAUCCCCCUGGUGCGGAUACGCAACCCACAUGGCGAACACAGUGAGGAGUGGCAGGGGAAAUGGAGUGACAGGAGUGAUGAGUGGUCGACCCUGCAGAUAGGCAGCAACCUUCACCAUGACAACGAGGAUGGAGAGUUCUGGAUAGACGUGGAUGACUUCAUCAGAUAUUUUCAUCAGACUACCAUCUGUUCCCUGACUCCGGACUUUGACAUAGACGGGCGAUCCGACCCGUUAAAUUACGUACUGAAGAUAUUCGGACAGUGGCAAGGAGGAACCUCAGUGGGUCAAGGAUAUGAUAUAACGGAGAGACUAGGAAAUCCGAAAAUGGCGUACACGCUUCCUGGACAAGGAGGUGAUGUACCGGUUGUGGUCCACAUCGUACAGAACGCCGACCGUGGGGACAGGAUUUAUCAUAUGCGGUGCGACCUAUUCAAGGUAAUAAACGGCGCUGAAACCGCCAGCCACAUCUUUCUAGAAAAGAUGCCAUGCAAUACAGAAAGAAAGGACUACUACUACCCCGCGCGCCAGUACACGUUCCGCUACAGCCUCACCCCCGGGCGAUACAUUGUUCUCCCGUCCCUCGUCCAUCCCGGGGUCAACAGGGAGUUUCUCAUCAGAGUCUUCUCUCCCCGUCCUUUAUAUAAGUGCAGGAGUAUACCAAGGCAGGUACAGGUGGUCCUUCCUCAUCACAGAAGGUGAUCAUUAAACUCAAUAUCAGCAUCGUCACCGUCCUGGAUCUUCAUGUUGCAACACUGAACAAGUUUACAACAGUGGAUGUGUUGAAUACCCCAGAUCGCCGUAUUUUUGUUGUCUGUUUGUUGUUUAACGCUGCAUUUAGCAAUAUUCCAGCUAUAUGACGGCGGUCUGUAAUAAUCGAGUCUUCACCAGACAAUCCAGUCCUUGACAUCAUGAGCAUCG